AUGUGCUCUUGCAGGUUACUGCACCUCAUGUGCCAACGCGAUCAUCCGGAGGUGGACCCAGAGGCGGCUAGGCAGGCGCUUAUCAAAGCCACAACGUUGACCAUGGAGUAUCUCGAAGCUCUGGUUACAUCUGGGUUCGUAACCGUGCGUGAGUACAUAUCGUUUAAGGGAGUGAGCGCGGAGAGGUACCGCCACAAGAUGCGUGCAGACCUUUGUUCUCAUGCAGAAGGAACGCUGAUACCCGAGCUGCAGUGCCAGGGUCUCCGCAUCCCUCUGCAGCCCGUUCCCGUUAUCGACGACAACGGGUACAUGUGCGUCGACCCACCUGUGGACGUUCGAAGAGAGCUACUCGACCACAAACAGAAGUUCGCUGUGCUGGAGCAUGACAUACAGGUUCUUACGGCCAAGAUCGAGUUUCUGGCCAUCAGCAAAGGCGUGACGUCGGACGAGCUGGACGCGGGAGCGCGCCAACACCUCGGUGCCGUGGCCGAGACGAUGGUGCCGACGGCGACUCCACGGAAGCAGGCCGCGGACGGAAGUGGCCAGAGGGAGAGCGCGAGGACUCCUCAGCCGCGUGCACUGGCGGCAGUGCCUGCAAUCUCUCCCUGCCCUGCACCGCGCACACCUGUCUCGCUGAAAGAUGGCCAUGUAGCUGCUGGCGUAGCGACACCUGCUGUGGUCCGGCAACAAGAGCGCGGCCAGCUUGCACUGGCCUUGCGCAGCCGUGCCUCGACUCCUGUGCCUGCCGCGGCAGGUAACCCCGGAAGGGCCGCAAGCAGCGAUCCAGCUGUGCCUGCGCGCGCUGAUCUUGCGCCACAAUAUCCGGGAGCACCUCCUCCACAGAUUGGCGGUAAUAUUGCGCUUCCACGAGCGCAGCCUGCGCCAUCAGCGAAGUCGGGUUGGCCUUAA